UUAUUUCAAUUGAGCAGGCAGGAAUGUCAGGCAAAUGAAGGCAAAAGAACAUAAUCAAGAGCUUAUUGAGAGAAGGACGCAGAUUCUUUCAAAUUAAACACAUCAACCACAUUUAUCCCCUGCUGUUACCAGAGAGGAAAAAUGUCUUCAGAUAACCAGUGGUCAGCAGAUGAGGACGAAGGCCAGUUAUCUCGACUGAUCAGGAAAUCCAGAGACUCCCCCUUUGUCCCUGUAGGGAUAGCUGGCUUUAUGACUGUGGUGUCCUAUGGUCUUUACAAGUUAAAAUACAGAAGAUAUCAGAAAAUGUCCAUUCAUCUUAUUCACAUGAGAGUUGCUGCCCAAGGAUUUGUUGUAGGAGCUGUGACUCUAGGUGUUCUCUAUUCUAUGUAUAAGGAUUACAUCAGACCUCGAUUCUUCAAUGUGUCCAAAAAAUGA